AUGGCAGAUUCAGAAAGUAAACACCGUGAAAAAUUGGAUAUGUUUUGUUACGUGUGCGGAAAAUAUACUGUGAAAGAAAACAGACGACAUUUGACCGGUAUUGCAGAAGAUGCAUACAAAUUCUACUUCGGUAAAUCGGUAUUUAGAAACGUUUCGUGGGCCCCUGAGUUUACUUGCCCUGCGUGCAUUAGUUCUUUGGAACGAUGGUGGAAAAAAAAUUCGUUUUCGUUACAUUUUGCAACGCCAAUGGAAUGGUCCGAUCCCGGCACACAUCGUCAAGAAAAUUGUUACGUUUGCGCAAAUGAUAUGUAUGGCAUCAAUCGAAUUAAGGCAAAAAAAUGGAUUUAUCAAGGUGUAGCCAGUGCAAUGGUUCCAACACCACAUGAUGAUGAACAUCCAGUUCCCCAACAUCCAACACAAAUCGACUUUUCUACGGCUUCGGUAAGCUAUCUACCACCAUCGGAACCAACUGAUCCUGCUGAUCCAGACUACGUUCAACCUCCGGCUUUUUGUUUUCCGUCAUUGAUUUCACAAGAACAUUUGGAUCGUAUUGUUCGGAAAUUGCAUUUGUCGCAAAAUAAUGCAAUGACAUUGGCUUCUGAAUUGAGAAGCGUUCAUGUAUUGGCUCCUUGUGUGAAAGUGACAGAAUAUCGACAUCGACAAGAACCAUUUUUGCCUACUUUGUUAACUGGACUCAAUAAAGCAUAUUGUAAAUACUGUUGCCCCUUUUGUAAAUGGGACAGUAGAUGGAAGGGUGGAAAUCAUUAUGAUAAAAAAAAUUGGCCAUUGCGGACCGAGCGUGGACGAGUUGGUUACUACAGCAUUGUUCGUAAACCAAUCAUUGAACGAUCAAAAGUUAUGAUUCCAAAUUUGCAUAUAAAAUUAGGUAUUGUGAAAAGUUUCAUCAAAACGUUGGUUGCCACAAACAUUACCGCAUUUAACCACCUAAAGGACAAUGUAUUCCCGAAACUAACUGUUGGGAAAAUCACUGAAGGCGUACUGAAUGGACCCGAUAUCAGAAAAUUGCUUAAAGAUGAACGAUUUGUUGAAUGCUUGAGCCGACAUCAAGCCAUUGCGUGGGACUCAAUCAAAGCCGUUCUAAAUGAUGUUUUGGGUAACAAUCGGACCGAGAAUUAUCGCGUUCUGCUAGACGAUAUGAUGGAUUCAUUCAAACAACUAGAUGUCCACAUGUCGUUGAAAAUACAUGUUCUUCAUGCUCAUUACGAGUUUCUCGAUAUGCAAAAGCCAACCGAAUCAGAUGAGCCGGGCGAACGGUUCCAUCAGACCAUCAUGGAAUUUGAAAACCGCUUUGCAGGAAAACGAUUGGACUCAAUGCUUGCUGAUUUUUGUUGGUGGAUUUCACAUGACCAAAUUAGAGUCUAGAGUCAAAUUCACUUAAUUUAAUACUUCAUUUAAUUCAUUUUUUUUUCAAACAAAAUCGAGAUAAUUGAAUAUAUAAAAUACCAAUUAAUA